UGGCGUGCCGAGCCCGCGCCGGACUGCGCCUCCUUGGACCUUGAGGGGAAACAUGCGCUUGGCUUGGAUCGUUUUAAAUUCUUAGUUUGGAAUCCCCGCCCGCCUGCCUUUUCCGCCCCGAGGGUUUUGUUUUUUCUUUUUCUUUUUCUUUUUUCCCCUUUUUUCCCUCCCGAUCUCCUUUUUGACUCCCUUCCCCUUUAUGCUCGCCCAACCCUCCCUCCGCUGCUGAGAAGUGGGGGAGGGCCUCGGCCUCCAGGUUCCCGCCCCAUCGGGGCCCGGGCGAGCAUGGGGGGCAAGCAGAGCACGGCGGCCCGGUCCCGGGGCCCCUUCCCGGGGGUCUCCACUGAUGACAGCGCCGUGCCCCCGCCAGGAGGGGCGCCCCACUUUGGGCACUACCGGGCGGGCGGUGGGGCCAUGGGGCUGCGCAGCCGCUCAGUCAGCUCGGUGGCGGGCAUGGGCAUGGACCCCAGCACGGCCGGAGGGGUGCCCUUUGGCCUCUACACCCCCGCCUCCCGUGGGACCGGCGACUCAGAGAGGGCUCCAGGCGGCGGAGGGUCCGCUUCCGAAUCCACCUAUGCCCAAGGCAAUGGUUACCAGGAGACAGGCGGCGGUCACCAUAGAGACGGGAUGCUGUACCUAGGCUCCCGAGCCUCGCUGGCGGAUGCUCUACCUCUGCACAUCGCACCCAGGUGGUUCAGCUCGCACAGUGGUUUCAAGUGCCCCAUUUGCUCCAAGUCUGUGGCUUCCGAUGAGAUGGAAAUGCACUUUAUAAUGUGUCUGAGCAAACCUCGCCUCUCUUACAAUGAUGACGUGCUGACUAAAGACGCUGGUGAGUGUGUGAUCUGCCUGGAGGAGCUGCUUCAGGGGGACACGAUAGCCAGGCUGCCCUGCCUGUGCAUUUAUCACAAAAGCUGCAUAGACUCGUGGUUUGAAGUGAACAGAUCUUGUCCAGAACACCCUGCGGACUGACCCUGCUGGGCUCUCUUGCUGACUCCUCUCAAAGGGACAGCCAGCCCUGUUCCUGAGAGGAGGCUUCGGACACUGGGGCAGAGCUGAGCUGGGGACACCAGUGGGAACAGGGCACCCCCUCCGCACUGACUUCCAGAGAAUGGUUCUCCCUUUCUCCCUGAGAACACCAAAUUGGAUGAGCCACGAGUUUGAGAGAAGAAAGAAUCAACCGCCCUCCUUUCCCUCACCCCUCAUCCCAGGAGGGAAAGGGCAUUUUCUUUUUCACCUUUGAAAGGCAUUGUGGGUCUGUCUCUAAAGUGUUUACAAAAAAAAAAAAAAAAUCAUAAAAAAAAGUCUAGUGUCGACUGGUGUUUUCGCCCGUGAUGUUUACAGAUCGCUGUCUGCUGCCCAGCUAGAACCCACUCAGUGACAGAAACGAACAGAGCCAGGUUCGUGUUCUGAUGGCGUGGGAGCACAGUCCUCCUAUGCCCGGCGCCCCAUCAGUUCGGCCCUCUCCAUCACCAACCACUCUGCCUUGGUUUUCUUUGUCCAUUUUCCUGGCUUAGUUUUGCACUUUUCUCCCCUUGGGACCCUGAGAUCUUGACUUUAUUGCCAAAACCAACAACCCAUGGAAGAUCUUCUUCCCCUCCAUUCCCAAUUCGUCUCCCUCCUUCCCUCCUGGUUCUGGUCAGUUCAGAGGAUUUAACAAUCACAAGUGUCCUGCAAAAAUGCCUGAACAUUCUUCUUAGACCCUUGUGGAUUUUUUUCCAGAAAACUUAAACAAAAGACUUAUUAAAGGAAUAUGUACAGCUACCCGUUUUCAGGCACUCUGUUUGAGAACAUUUUAGCCAUCGAUGUUCACACAUGGCAUCAGCCCAUGCAAGAUAGGUUUCUGUAUUUAUAUAUUAAAAUACAAAAAAAUAAAACCCUUAUAAAAUGUUUUAAAAAAUGUUCAAAGUUGGGGGAAAGCUUUCUUCAUUAGUCAAGAUGUUUUGAUAUGGUAUUAAAAUAAUGUCUAAUAAAAGAUGCAUUGUGUGACUUUA